AAAUUCUGGAAGGAGAUUGUUUUUGAGACGGCAAGACAUUCUGGCUUUGAAAAUACGGGUUCAUAGCAUGUUGCUUGCUUUUCUAACUUUAGAAAGGCAUUGAGAAAUGGUUGUAUUUAAGAUAAAAUACAUGUAUAAAAGCUCCCAUCCCGGUUUCCAAGCACCCUUCCAAUUCUUUGAAAUAUAAAAGCACCUUGAAAGAAAAUCUGGCAAUUAAUCUGUCAGUAUUAUAUCAGACAGCUGAAUUAUUCUGCCAGUGAGUAACCUGCCAUCUUGCUCUUAAACUGAAGAAUAGCAAUGGCCUCUGUGGUAGCCAGCUUAGGAAGUGAAUGAGUUGAAUGGCGAUCUUUUGGCGGAGUUUAGGGAAAAGAUGCAGCACCUUGCAAAGGUACAGGCUGUGAGCUAGUUCUCCUUCAUGGCAGUGGUACCAACACUGAAUGCCACUAUGGACUGAAACCCUGACACCCUCUGAGGUGUAGGGAGGCUGAUUGGCAAGACAGGGCUAUAGAUUAAAGUUGCCGUGAAAGGAGUUAAAAAACCAGGAGGCAGGUAAUGCAGAUGUCAGAGAAUCAGGUUAAUGAAUGUAUGACACGUGCAGCAAGGGGCCAUUUGCCUGCAGACCAGAAGCAGUCUCCAGAUGGACUGCAGCUGAUGGAUUCGUUUUCAGGAGACCUGUGCUGUGGAACCAGUCUGGAAGUUUGUAUCUGAAUGGAGCAAGCUCAUCUCAUCCCCAGAGCUGAAAACCAGGUAGUGUGACCUUGACAACCUGGUGACCUAGCAGAGUGUCCAGACUGGAGUCACAGCAGCCAUGGUUUCUGUGUCACAUGGGCUGCAUCUUCUGGCUGCUGUCAUUUAUCAGGCAACUGUGUCUCUGCCCUGUCUGGAUUCCUCCCAGCCUUCCUCCUCCCUCUCCUUCUGCUUGCUUGCAGGAAUUGUUCUCAGGCCAUGUCCGUGCUGUGCAGUGCCCACUGUGCCCAUGGAGGUGAAGGUGUAAAGCUGCACACUGUUCUGGUCAGUGAGGGUAGUCUUUGUGCCUCCUUCCUCUCCUCGAGGGCAUCUAACUAAGGGAUGUGGGAACAGUUCUUACAUAUCUGUGGUGCAAUUGGAAGGAGCAGUGGCUACAAUCAGCACACUGGAAAAGAACUGUAGGCACAGUUUUGCAGACCCCCACCUACCUCUGUGUGAGGUGUUACUUACAAGAGUAGAGUAGGUAGGCAAAGAGUGUACAUUUAAGAAUUGCACAGCUAGUGGAAGCCUCUCCUGUGGUUUUCAACCUUCUCUAUUAGUAUAAAUAUUUUAAUUUCCUUGCCAUGUCAAGUCUCUUCAAGAGCUAGCAUACACAGUGCUUAAACUGAAAAUUUAAUCUGCUGUUAUGCUGACACAAACAGGAACUCCACUGAGAUGUAAUUGAGGUAGGAAGUGGAUAAUAGCAGUAAUAGUUAGCAUGUUAACUGCUUUAACUCUCUGAAGCAUUUUGUGCCUGUCUGAUCUAAAAAGCUGGUUGUUUGCCUGCAUGGUUUGUUUAUGUAUGAGGUAAUUCUAUUGAAAUUCCAACCUACCUGAGUGUGCACUAUCAGUAUCUAAGAUAGGUUUUGAAAUUAGAAGUUCCCGACUGUUUUGUUUUUUUCCCUAUCAUAAGAUGCUGUCUAUCCCCUGGAGAUGUUUAGCCGUAGUGAGUCAUGCUCACAAUGAUCUUAUAGUAGAUGCCAGAGAUUUUUUUGGCAUAAAGGAAAAUCCCAUUUUGUUCAGUUGAUAGACUUAACCCUUUUGUUACAGUAGUCCUGCUUUCCUUUGUUGGUAAAGCUCUUUGAACAGACACCAGAUUGAUUAUUCAAGGGACAUACAUUCACUUGAAUCCUCUACAUGCAAAGAGCUCGGUGCUGCUGUGCUCUACAUUUCAUCCCGUCCCAUUGCGGGUUGGCAGCUGCACUCGCCUUCUCCGUAUCGUAUUCAGCCACGAUCAAGUGUAGACAUUUUACCUGCAUGAGAUUGCUGAGGUGCAGGUCAGACACUGCCAAAGAGCAACUGCUGUAGGGCUUCUUGUGCUCACAUCAUCAGUGAAGUUCAAGGUCUCUGUAACCACACACUUGUGCCUGUAUUCCAAAGACAGAGGGAACAAAACCUGAAAUUUACUAAAGAUCACUACUCAGCAUGACCACACGAGAAUAAGACAUGCAUUCUUAUACCUAAUGGUUUUAUGAGAGGUCUUACCUUAUUCAAAUAAUAUCUUCUAUUGAGUGAUGAAAGCAUAAACCAAAAAAAGCAUAAGAGAAGAUACAGAUUUAUAUAUUGAAUUCCAUAUAAAAAAUGAUCUUAAUAAAGUUGGUAAAUUUUUGAAAAUCAGUGUUGGAGAAAAAAAAAAAUCCUCAGCAGCUUAGAGUCCAUCUCUGAUCUGUGAUCAGAAGGUUUUCUGUAAUGGUUGUAGCACACUGUGCUGUCAGACCAAAGCAGAAUAUGAGAGAAAGGGACAAAAACUUUUGCAAGUAUUUAUAAAACUGGUUGUAUACUGAGGCACAGAGGUGCCCAGUACUGCCUUAAAGGACACUUUAAAGUACUGUUCUUUAAAGGACAGUUGAUGCUUUUUGUUGAUGUUUAAUCAAGCAUUUUCUGUCCAGUCAGAUGAACUUGUGUAAUUAUUUUAGUACACUAAUGCUGCUCUUACCCUGAGGCUGCGACGAGGACCAGCUAUGUGCCUAAUACUUCGGUAUGCACAUAUGUAGUCCCGAUUAUAUGUGGAGAAAAAUGAAUUGUUGUGAACAAAUGCAAGAUCAGGGCCACUGAGGGCAAUUUGUCCACAGAAUCACAAUAUGGACCUUGUUAUAUACCAGGGGUUUUUUUUAUUAUUCAUUGAUGGAAUGCAGACCAAUAUCAUUUUCUUUAAAAACAAUUCUGCACUGUCAGAGUGGAAUAUUUCAGCUUCUGUUAUUGUCUGUCAAAUAGUCAUUCACUAGUCCUCAAUAUCUCUUUCAGGUUUUGAUAAUUUUUAUAUUUUCUUUCAGAAUAAUCAGUAUAAUUUGACCUGGUAAUCAACAAGUUGAGUGCCAGAACAAUCCUUUUGUCUGUCUUUCUCUGUUUUGGCAUUUAUGAAAUUGCAAAAGUCAUGCUUUGGGCAUCCUUAUUUUCCCCCACAUUCCAAUGUGCACAAAAUAAUAAACCUGAAGGCACUGAGGGCUACUUAUACCAAAGAAUUGUUUGUUCUGAAAAGAAUGCUUGGUACUUGGAAACUUUAUCCUGAGAAUAUGCAACUUUGUCUUAAUAGGACACUACUGUCUUGUGGUGAAAUUGAGGUGUUUCAAACUAUAUUGCUGACCCAAUUUUGAAGUAGAAUACUCUGAAAGAGAGAUUAUGAUUAGUAUAAGCAAUUUGAAUGUUUAUCCUACAUAAUGCUUUUUGAAUUUUUCAUAGAUGUGUUUUGUAAAUGUCUUGUUUAAUUCCCUUGAGAGCUUGUUUGGAGAACAGAGGAGGCGAGAGAGUGGACUUAGACCCAAUGAAUCACUAAAAGCAAAUUUUCAUCUGCUGCCACUAGAACUUAAAUUCACAAAGCAGCCUGUUUCCCGGCAGCCAGGAAUGUCGUGAAGCAGUCUCAGCCUCUAUCCCACUUCCUAGAAGCGAGUGGCGGUGGUGAGAGCACGGUCUCGCUGCUAGGCCAGGAAGCACCGUCUGUUGCAAUGACUCCUGUAGAUACCGUAACUCCAGUACACACAGGGACAGCCCCCAGAGCUGGUGCCACCUCUAUAAAGCAACCUGCUCCGGCCACACAUCUUCCUUCAGCCGAGGCAUCUGCUGGGAGAGAUGCAGGUGUGCCAGCAGCACAAGAGGAGAAAUGUCAUUUGACUCACUGAAGAUUUAAAACCGAUAGAGUCAUGUGGGAGAAGAUGAAAUUUUAGUCUCAAGUGACGGAAUCAAGUCAUAAGAAGUAAAGAGGUUUGGACGAUUUCUCACUAAAUGGAAGGUAUAUAGAAGGCCUCUAACACCACUGCAUCUCUCCAUCCCACUCCUGCUGCACAGAGACUGCACUCUUGGCCUUGGAGGUUAAUAAAAUGCUGGAUUCAAUCAAGUGUGUUCUGGUGGGAGAUUCUGCGGUUGGGAAAACAUCUCUCUUGGUACGUUUCACCUCUGAGACUUUUCCAGAUGACUACAGACCCACCGUAUAUGAAAACACCGGAGUGGAUGUCUUCAUGGAUGGUGUACAGAUUAGCUUGGGUCUUUGGGACACAUCUGGCAGUGAUGCCUUUAAAGGCAUUCGCCCUCUCUCCUACCAACAGGCAGAUGUGGUAUUAAUGUGCUACUCAGUAGCAAACCACAAUUCCUUUCUGAACCUGAGGAACAAAUGGAUCAGUGAGAUCCGCAGCCAUCUGCCCCGCAUCCCCGUUUUGGUGGUGGCCACUCAGACUGACCAGCGUGACGCAGGUCCCUACGGUUCCUCCUGUAUCAGCCCCAUGGAUGGAAAGCGGCUUGCCCAGGACGUGCGAGCCAAAGGCUACUUGGAGUGCUCUGCCCUCAGCAACAGGGGGGUGCAGCAGGUGUUUGAAUAUGCCGUGCGGACAGCGGUCAAUCAAGCCAAAAGGCAGAACAGGCGGAAGCUCUUCUCCAUUAAUGAGUGCAAGAUCUUCUGAGGACUGGUUUUGCUCACGUUUGUUCUUUAUGUUUUCUCACAAAGAUACUGCAGCAGAGAGAAUGGGAGGUGAAAUCCUCCUGGCAGGACCACAGUGCAGGUGCCUCUUGUGAGACAGAUGUGCUCUUUAUCUGAUCCUCUCCCCUCCAAAACACGUGGGUGCUAUCUUGAAAAGUAAAAGGUGCAUACCCUUAUUCACAAACUUGUGUUUGGACUUUGCUAGCCUGAACUGGAGCAGUCUUAGCCUGCAGAUUUGCAGAGAACAGCAGUACUGAUUUUGGUUUUGUUUCUGUCGGUCUUCUUCAGUUGUUGGUUUAUCUGCAUUUAUUUAAUGACAAACUUCUGCCUGGAUCAGCCCCCACCUCUGUCCUUGUGGAUUUUUUUACUAAAGAACAUAGUAAAUAAAAUCUGACCAAUGUGUAUUUUA